AACCAAUGGCAAUGAAAUGUGAGAAACAGAGAAAGAGAGCCCACUAAAAUGGCAUCUUUGACAGUUAGUUCACCACUGCUAACAUCUCCAACACUUGUUUCUAGCCAUUGCUCUCCUCGUUUAAUCUCCAAGAGAACUGCAAGAUUCUCUAACACUAAUAGUACAAUCCAGUUAUUCUCUUAUUCACUUCAAUUUCAACCACUCACUUCCUUUCAUGAUUCACUCAGAACUUCAAAAACUGCUCCUAUAUCAGCAACUAUGGCUACUGGAAUUGUGAAAGAGGUUCUUCCGCCUGCUCUAACUUCUACUUCAGACCCACCUCCAGUCUUUGAUGGGACUACAAGGUUGUACAUUUCUUACACAUGCCCAUAUGCACAGCGUGUGUGGAUUACUCGCAACUGUAAGGGAUUGCAGGAUUUGAUAAAAUUGGUUCCUAUUGAUCUGCAAGAUAGGCCUGCCUGGUAUAAAGAGAAAGUCUACCCUCCUAAUAAGGUACCUGCACUGGAACACAAUAAUGAAGUCAAAGGGGAAUCUCUCGAUUUGAUCCAGUACAUUGAUAGUAACUUUGAUGGACCAUUACUUUUCCCUGAUGAUCCUGCAAAGAAAGAUUUAGCUGAAGAGUUGAUUGCCUAUAUUGACUCAUUCAAUAAAGCUCUAGUUUCCUUAUUUAAAGGAGAAGCAAAUGAAGCCGGUGCUGUACUUGAUUUCAUUGAAACUUCCCUUACCAAAUUUGAUGAUGGACCCCUUUUCCUUGGGCAGUUUAGUCUGGUGGAUAUCGCUUAUGCUCCAUUCAUUGAUAGAUUUCAACCUGCCUUGUUGGAUGUAAGGGAUUAUGAUAUCACUGCAGGAAGGCCUAAUCUGGCUGCUUGGAUUGAGGAGAUGAACAAAAAUGAGGCUUACAACCAAACCCGGCGAGAUCCGAAGGAGUAUGUUGAAAGCUACAAGAGACGCUUUUUGGCUCAGCUCUAAGCUCAAUAUUACUCUCUCUCCAGCCAUGAAGUCAGUAUUUUCUUAUGCUAGCUCUAAAGGACCUAAUCUAUAUAUCUUAUUUGUUGAAGUGCCAAUAAAUUGAAAGGCUUUUUACCAUGUGUUGUUAGGUCCUUGUCGAAGUAAUAAAUUGUGAAAUAAGCAGCUUAUACUGUAUAAUGAUAUCAAUAAUCUCUUUAGUACCU